AUGGCAUAUAAUAUAGCCAUGGUUUGCGACUUUUUCUACCCGCAAUUGGGAGGUGUAGAGUUCCACAUCUAUCAUCUAGCUCAGAAACUGAUCAAAAUUGGCCAUUCGGUAGUUGUUAUAACGCACGCGUACGGCGAUCGAACCGGAGUGAGAUAUCUGAGUAAUGGUUUGAAAGUUUAUUACGUCCCAUACACGAUCUUAUACCGAGAAACCAGCUUUCCAACGGUUUUUGCCAGUUUCCCAAUUGUGAGAAACAUUUUGAUUCGUGAACAGAUUCAAAUAGUGCACGCACAUGUGAGUGUGUCGUCUUUGGCUCACGAGGCUUUAUUGCAUGCGACAGUCAUGGGACUCCAAACAGUUUUCACCGAUCAUUCUCUGUAUGGAUUCGACUCGUUGGCAUCGAUUCUUGCUAACAAAUCGCUGCGCUUCACACUAACUAACGUGGGUGCCGUCAUUUGCGUAUCCAACACUUGUAAGGAAAACAUCAUAUUGAGGGCUGAUCUUGACCCGUCCCAUAUAUCUGUGAUUCCCAAUGCAGUGGUAAGCGAAGAUUUCACACCUGUCCCAAGAAAUAAGCACAAAAAUCUUGAUCAAAUUACCAUCGUAGUGAUUAGCCGCUUGUAUCCCAACAAGGGAGCUGAUCUUCUGACACAUUUGAUUCCUAAGAUCUGCAAUAUCCAGCAAAACGUUAAUUUUAUAAUUGCCGGCGACGGACCCAAAUUCGUUGACUUCCAGCAAAUGAUUGAGACGUAUCGUCUUCAAGAAAGAGUUCAGUUACUGGGGGCUGUACAGCAUGAAAACGUUCGUGACGUGAUGUGCCAAGGCGAUAUCUAUCUACAUGCAAGUCUCACAGAAGCCUUUGGCACUGUACUUGUAGAGGCUGCGUCGUGUGGGCUUCUAAUAGUGACAACAACAGUCGGCGGUAUACCUGAAGUUCUGCCACAACAUAUGACCGUGUUUGCAAAGGAGACAUCUGUUUCCAGCUUGGUAGAAGCCACAUCAAAGGCGAUUGAACUACUAAAACAGGGAAAAGUCGAUACUUCUCUUUUUCACUCGCAAGUUGCAUCGAUCUAUGAUUGGACCGAUGUGGCCGCAAGAACUACAGCAGUAUACCGUAAGUUGAUUUCCGAGUCAGCAACUCAAAACCACUCCUGGCUGCAGCUAUUGAAAAAUUACCACAACCGCGGCGGGCCGUGGGCUCGUUUUUUAUAUAUACUUUGUGCUGUGGUGGAGUUCAUGCUAUAUUCGUUUCUUGAAUGGUGGUAUCCAAGGAAUCAAAUCGAUGUUGCUAUAAAAUGGAGACGAAAGUUGGAAUGA